UCAAAUCGGUCGUGUGUGGUCAAAAAAAAAAAAACGCAAAAUAAAAUGCUGCAGGAAAAUCCAGAUAAGUCGAAUAUGGCGAACAAAUCGUUAGGAUACGCCCUUAAACGGAGAAAAGAUCGUUUUGUGGUCGAGCCAACCGUGGGAAUCGAGAAUCCAGCCUACGAACCCGAUCUGGGUGGAGAUAUAUCCUCAAUCGGUGUCACCAAUCGACAAUGGCGAGUAUAUAUCAUCACUUAUUAUUAA